GUUCUUUUCAAUUCUCUCUCCUCUCAUUUUUCUCUCACACAUACAACACCUUAAACAUAGACAACUAACACAUGGGCACUUUGGUGGGACAUGUGGCACCAGGGUUUGGUUUCUUUGUCAUCGGUUUUUGGCACCUUCUUAACCAUAUCAAACUUCAUGUUCAAAACCACAAAACCUAUCAUUCUCUGCCAUGGUUUCCCUCCAUGAAGAUAAGGUAUUUGGAGCUUUACUUGAUCAUGGUAGGUUGUUCCAUGUCAAUAGCUAUGGAGCUAUUUAUUGGACCAAAUCGUCACCAGCCGUUUGACACAGAUGGCACCAUUCCUUCCAACCAUCUACACAACUUUGAACACUCAUUCAUUUCCCUAACCUUUUUGGUCUAUGCUGCCUUUGCGAUACUACUAGACAAGUUUGUACCCAAAGCCCAAUACGAGUUGACUCAGUUGCUUGCAGCUAUUGCCUUUGGGCAACAACUCCUCCUCUUCCACCUCCACUCAGCAGACCAUAUGGGUGUUGAAGGACAAUAUCAUAUGCUUCUACAAAUACUAAUUCUUAUCUCUUUAAUCACCACCCUUAUGGGCAUUAGCUACAAGAAAAGCUUCAUGGUUAGCUUCAUAAGGUCCAUUAGCAUAUUCUUUCAAGGUCUUUGGCUCAUGGUCAUGGGUUUCAUGCUUUGGACUAGAAGCUUGAUUCCUAAAGGUUGUUUCUUGAACCUUGAAGAGGGUCAUCAUGUGGUCAGGUGCCAUGGGGAAGAAGCCUUGGAACGCGCUAAGUCAUUGGUGAAUAUUCAAUUUAGCUGGUAUCUAAUAUGGGUUACAAUCUUUGCUGUCUCGCUUUACUUGGUCAUGUAUAAAAUCUACGACGAGAAAGUUGAGUACCAAACACUAAAAAGUUACGAUCAAGAACAAAUACAUGAAGAUAUCGAGGCUCAAAGGAAACUCGACGAAUCACAGAGCUUUCUUCAAAUGCAGAAAUCUUUUUCUCCACUUGACAUGGAAAGGUAGAUAUAUAAGAUACAUAUAUCAGAAGCUUAUAUAUAGUUGGUGAGUUUUAGGUAAUAUGGUGUGUUGAUUUAUUUUUCUUCGUUUAAAAGAUAAUUUAGUACUUAAAACAUAAAAUGUUCUUAAUGGCUUUAUUACCUUCAAGGUUGGUUCUUUUUUUCUUUAUUUUUUAGUAAAUCUGUAAAGGAUUUUCUUAUGAAUGUGAUUGUUUGAAAUUGUAUAUUUGUCUCAUUUAAGCCAUCUAAUUUAACUUUCGUUUA